AUGGCAGUUGCAGCGUCAGAGGAAUGGGUGGGUGAGGACAUCUGUCUCUUCCCGUGCGAAGACAUCGAGCCAGAGCCGGGAGAAGCACUUGGUCAUGAGCAGUUCGAUGUCGAGCUCAUGAAGGCAUGCUGCGUCCAUGUGGGCCCACACCAAGUGAAGCUCUACAUGGCCAAGCAGCGAGCUGACGACUUGUCCCCGGACGACCUGGGCCUUCGAAUCUGGCCAGGAACGCACGCGAUGGCCUUCCUGCUUCUGGGGCUUGAGCGCCAGGGUGCCCUGGCUGGUCGCUCUGUGCUCGACGUGGGCUGCGGGACCGGAUUCAUUGGCAUCCUGGCGCAGAAAGCUGGCUGCGCCGAGUCUGUUCUGUCGGACCGACCUGGGCGUGCUCUGUCCACGGCUCGGAUCAAUGCCCUGGCGAAUUCCGGAAGGGACCCGGACACAAUCCAGGUCAGGGAGCUGUCGUGGGGCCCAGGCAGCGUGGACGAGACGGAGGGCGCCGUCUACAGCCUCUUGCUGCUGUCUGAAGUGUUGUAUGUGGCGCAGCCCACAUGUGUCCCCUGGAGCCUCGACGAAGAGGAUGUGGAAGCCCUCGCCAAGCUUACAAAGUUGAAGCUGAGUCCCGAGGGAGAUGCCUACAUCACAUAUGGGAACCGAGAGGCGGGCGGUACCGAGCUGGUCCAGGCGGUCGCCGAGGCUGUUGGGCUCAGUUUCCGGGAGCUGCCCCUGGAUAGCAUCGUCCCUGAGGAGGUCCUCGAGGGCCCGCACACGGUGGCCCUGCGCCGAGUGCGGGUCUUUCACCUCCGCUACCUCAUCGAGCAGUUCGACUACUUCUCGACCAUGGUGUCGGACUACAAGUAUGCGGAGAAGCUCUGUUACAACCGCACGAGGACGUUCAAUGACACUCGCGUUAAAUGCGAGAACCUCUUCCAGGAGCACGGCGACAUCACUGCCGAGUGUGAAAGCGAACGCGUCACGCAGUCUACUGACGAUCUAUUUGGCCCUUUCCUGUUUUUUGCUGCCGACUUUAGCAGUGAAUCCAUCACGUACCGGAUGCUCUCCUCCCCCCGACAUGUCCGUCCCACCCAUCUCUUCCUCAUCUCGGUUUCUGCCCCGAUGAAUAUCUUCCAGGGAAGGGUCUUUGCUCGCACCCAGUUGGCAAAUGCAGACGGGGUUUAUGGCAGCCGUGGCAUGGUGGCCACCAGCCAGCCGCUGGCCAGCGAGGCCGGCAUGCGGAUCCUGCAAGCCGGGGGCACGGCUGCAGACGCUUGCGUCGCAGCUGCGGCUGCGCUAAACGUCACGGAGCCCUGCAACACGGGCAUCGGAGGCGACGCCUUCGCGCUGUACUACAAUGCCGCGACGCAGCAGGUGGAAUGCCUACAGGGCUGCGGCCGCUCUCCUGCCGCUUUGACCCUGGAGGCAGUGCGGAGGCACCCAGACAUGGCAGGAGGGCGCGCCGAUCUGCCACCCCUCUCCGCACUUUGCGUUACGGUCCCAGGCGCCGCCGCAGCCUGGGAGAGUGCCGUGCAGCGCUGGGGGAAGCUGAGCCUCAGGCAGGUGCUCGCUCCUGCAAUCGAGCUGGCCACCGAUGGUGAGCUGCGGUUUGAGCUGCCACUGUUUGUCCCAACAUUCCGUUGCAUCUGCGCCUCAGUGCUGGUUCUUGCAUCACAAUGGCCCUUCGGAUGCAUGAGAUUCGCAGAUUCUCGCUUCGGGUUGAUUGCUUGA